AUGUCGGGAUCUGAGACAGGAGGAGUGAUCACUAGCAGAGAGCCGUUCACCGUCGGCGCUUUUCAGAAGACUUCGCCACCAGCACCGUCUCAGCCGGUGGUACAGAACAUGCGUUUGGCGUACAGCGGCGAGGGAACAGCCGUCUACAAACCCUUCUCUGGCUCAUCCCCUCCGUUCCAGCCCACCAGUGCCUCUGUUGAAGCUCCGGCCGGAGGCCUCAUCUUGCCACAUAGCCUAAACAUGAAUACGAGCGACUCUAUUAAGCGUAAGAGAGGGAGACCCAGGAAGUACGGGGCUGAUGGCACCAUGGCACUGGCUCUCACACCUCCAGCCGUCACGGUUAAUACAUCCGGCGGCUCUUUCUCUCCCCCACCGGGGCCUCCCGCUGCCGCUGGUCCUCCUUCGGGAGGAUUGGCCUCGCCGAAUUCAUUGAAGAAGGGCAGAGGCAGACCACGGGGUUCAAGCAAGAAGCAACAAUUGGAAGCCCUCGGAUCAGCGGGCAUUGGAUUUACACCGCAUGUUAUCACCGUCAAAGCUGGAGAGGUUUCUUUUUGGCAUUUCUAUUUUCCUUGA